AUACAUAUAUAUAUAUAUAUACUCCAAUACAUAGAAAACAAGAUACGAUGAUUCUUGUAUAUAUACAUGAAAAAAUAACAUAGAUAGAUUGAAAUAAGUAAGCAGUGCAACUACAGAUACGAAUCGUUACGGUUCUCAAUUUUAUAUUUAUCGCAUAAUUUAUCAAAAAAUACUGUGUAGUACAUUUAAAAAAAUUACGAUCACAUGGAUGUAUAAAUCAAAUUGUUCGCAAAAAUGCAUUCCAAAACAUUUCGUAGUAAAACUAUUCAACAUUUCUUCAGUAGAUUUCUCAGAUGGUACUUCAGAAAAAUUAAACGAAUUGAAGCAGAGAAGAAAUUAUUGCUUCCUGAAAAUGACCAUGGUGCAUUUUUAAUUAGAGAUUCUGAAAGUCGACAUAAUGAUUAUUCUCUUUCAGUACGCGAUGGUGAUACAGUUAAACAUUAUCGCAUUAGGCAACUGGAUGAAGGUGGUUUCUUCAUUGCUAGGAGAACUACAUUCAGGAACCUUCAGGAUCUUGUUGAACAUUAUAGUAAAGAUGCUGAUGGACUAUGUGUAAAUCUCUGCAAACCCUGUGUACAGGUAAGACAAAAUUUUUGAUUAAAUCUAUAUUUCUUGCAAUCCUAUGUCAUAUAAAUGGAGUUUAGACAGCUUGCUGCAUGUAUAACAUUGAUUUUUAAUGAUACAUCGCCAAAAUGUAUUGUUCAUUAUUCAUUUUAAAUAUUUAUCAAGGAAUUUUUUCAAUUAAUAAAAAUUCAUUUCACAAUUUCUAUCCUGAUAUUUAUUAAUUUUGAAGAAAUCCCUUGGUAUAAUCCAUAAUAUGAGACAAAAAGUAAAAACACAAAUGCAUGAUUUUUGACUUUUAUUGUACACAAAUCUAUAAAGUAAUUAAUUUUGUACAGAAAAUAAAUAAAAUGGAUGGUACAAAUAUUUAAAUUACAUUUACAUAUUAUUUUUACUACAUAUUAAUAGCACUGUCUAAACUCCAAUUAGACUUUGCUCUAUAAAAUGAUGUAUUCAAUAAUUAUAUGUAUAUUCUUUAAGAAAUGUUAUUGGAAAAAUAUUUGAAAUCAUAUAUUGAACAAUAUAAUCACAGUUCAAGAUAUAAGAUGAAGUUUUAUAUGUUCUUUACUAAAAUAUUAUUUUAUAUUUCUUGUUCAUGACACUGUUAGGCAAUUUGUUUAAAUAUAUUAAUAGAAAAAGCACUAAUUUGAAUGCUAAUCAAGGUGUAAUAAGAAAUUUUUGUAUUUAUAAGUAUAUGUAAAAAUUAUAUUCUUUUAAACUUUUAAUCUUUAAGGAGAAGACUUAUUGUCACUUUAAAUGAAAAAUCAUAUAUAUGUAUACAUAUAUAUGCAUAUAAUAUAUUCCUGCUAUUUAUUUUUUAAACAAUUAAGGUUUGAAAACAGCUUUUAGUUUCAUAAAUAAUCUUGCAAAGUUUGAUCUCUGAAUAGACUAUGUUUGUUUCUCUGUUAUUGCUUACCUUACCUCCCGCUGGAUUUUAUUGGUAAAUUGAAUGUCCCAAUAUGACAUAACACGUUAAUUUUCUUUGUUACAUAAAUGCUUUCCAUUAUAUCUUUGGCCUGUACAUACAGCACAAGCCUGUCUUAUAUGGAAUCAUGUUUCAAAGACAUUAGAUCAUUCUUCAUUUAGAAAAUUCACUUCUUUUUAUAAUCUGACAUAACAUUGUUAAAUACAUACUCUUUCUUAGAAAAAAUAGGAUUGAAAGCACACAUUUAAAAUACAAGAUAAUUUUGUAUCUAUGUGUCUGUAUAUGUUAUUUUCAUGUAUUGUUAAUUAUGACAAUAUUCAACACAAACUUUUUUAUAAAAUCUGCAACAAAUCAUAUUCUAUUAUCAAUAUUUGUGUGCUUAAAUCUAUCUCAUAUAUAGGGUAUCUCAAUAAAUUCUUAACUUACCAAAUUAUCCAUAUCAUUUUGUACUGAUUAUACAAAUGAAGAAAGACUGUUAUUGUAUUGUAUUAUAUUAUGCUAUAUUACAUUAAAUAAUAUUAUAUAAAUAACAUAUUAAAUGAGAAAAAUAAGUGAUAUAUUUUUUACUGAUAUUUGAGAUAUCCUGUAUGUGAAAUUUAAAUUUAUAGAUCAGUUUCUAAAAUUUUAGUUUUAGAAUUCUUUCUUGUGUUUAUAUUCACAAUAAAGAAUUUUAAAACAAAUUUUCUUCUUACCUAAUAAACCUUAUAUAUUUUCUGAACAAUUUUUAAUAGAGAUAAAACAAGAAAAUUUCAUAAGACAUUUUUGUCUUAUUAAAUUAUAUGAUUUAAUGCUUUUAGUGAUUGAAAUUAUCUUCCAUAUUUUUUUAUACUUUUUUUAACUCAACUUUAAGGCAUUGAGGGCAUUUUAUGUUAAAACAGUUCAAAUAUGGUGCUACAUUCUUGUUAAUAAUGUACAUAUUCUACAAUGAAUAAAUUAUUAGUAUAUAUAUUUGUCUUGGACCGUGCAUAAGUGUUCAAUUACUAAGUUCCUGAAAUUAUAUAUAUAUAUGUAUGAAUUAAUAUUCUUAUUUAUAAAAAUAAAUAUUAAUGACUUUUGAGAAACAUUAUUAUAUACAAAUUUAUCUAUAAUAAAGAUUCAUUUACUUCAUGGUGCAUUUAAAUUGUAUUUCAUAUACCUUAGUUACUAUGUUUAUUCAAAUAUAAAAUAGUUUUCAUUAUAAAAUCACUUGAAUGUCAAAAGGCAUGUAAUUAAAUAAUUUAAAGUUUGCUUUUCAUCACUUGCAUCUUGCAUAACAGCCACUAUUUCUUUUAUUUUUUAUGAUAUUAUUAUUAGAUUAGACAUUUUAAUUUAACACUUGUUGUUUGUUGUUUUAUAAUAAAAUCAUUGAGAACUUAAUGAGCAGUUAUGCAUCCUAAGCAACAUCCUUAAAGGGCUUCUAAUUAGGUUUGUAUUAAUAAAAAGUAAGAUCACUGCUCAAAGUUUUUUCAAAAAAUUUUAGAAUUGCAAUUAAUAUAUGAUUUAAGUUUCUCUAUCUUAUUUAUUAAUGUACAACUUGCAAAGGGAGUAUUUGCUAUUAAUGCCAUAGAAAUAUGUUCAUUUAUGACAAGUAAAUAGUCAUUGUCAUUGACUGGCACAUACUUCUUAAUUUUGUUGAUAGGUUGAGAAACCUGUAACUGAGGGUCUUAGUCAUCGCACACGAGAUCAAUGGGAGAUUGAUCGUUCAUCUCUCAAAUUUGUGAGAAAAUUAGGCCAAGGUCAAUUUGGAGAAGUAUGGGAAGGAUCCUGGAAUAAUACAACUGCAGUAGCAAUAAAGACACUCAAACCAGGAACUAUGGAUCCUAAAGAUUUCUUAGCAGAAGCACAAAUUAUGAAAAAACUUCGUCAUGCAAAAUUAAUUCAAUUAUAUGCUGUUUGUACCUUGGAAGAACCUAUUUACAUUAUCACAGAAUUGAUGAGGAAUGGUAGCUUAUUGGAAUAUCUGCAAGGUAAUAGAAUUACAUUUUUUAAUUAUUUCAAUUUAUAUAUAUUUAUUUUUCUAUCUGUUCAUUUUUACAUGUAUUAUAUCUUCUUUGAUAGGGAAAGGAAAAACAUUAAAUUUACAACGAUUAAUCGAUAUGGCUGCACAAAUUGCAGCAGGUAUGGCGUACCUCGAGUCACAAAAUUAUAUCCAUCGAGAUUUAGCUGCUCGUAAUGUGUUAGUAGCAGAAUUAAAUGUUGUGAAGAUUGCAGAUUUUGGUUUAGCUAGACUUAUUAAAGAAGAUGAGUAUGAAGCUCGAAUAGGUGCACGUUUUCCAAUUAAAUGGACUGCACCUGAAGCUGCAAAUUAUAGCAAAUUCAGUAUUAAAUCGGACGUGUGGUCAUUUGGUAUUCUUUUGACUGAGUUGGUUACUUAUGGUCGAAUACCAUAUCCAGGUAAAUAAAUUUUAAGAUUUAAAUUCUGUAGUAUAUUUUGAUAAUAAAAAUUUAAACAAGGAUAUUUAAUUAUUUUCGUUUUAAAGGAAUGACAAAUGCUGAAGUCCUUCAUCAAGUAGAACAUGGAUAUAGAAUGCCGUGUCCACCUGGUUGUCCAACUGCAUUAUAUGAUAUUAUGUUAGAAUGUUGGAACAAAGAUCCAAUGAAGAGGCCAACUUUCGAAACAUUACAAUGGAAACUGGAAGAUUUCUUCACUAUGGAAGGUUCUGAAUAUAAGGAAGCCUCUGCAUAUUAAUGUACGGAAACAAUUUAUAGUUUAUAUAACAUAUUUGGUUAUAAUAUCUAUCAACAAAAUAUAAUAGAUAUUCUGUAUGAAUGUGCAACGAGGUAAAUACAAAUUAUUAUAAUUAACAAUUAUAUUCAGAAUACGGAUGUUUGUGAUAUUUGAGAGAGUAUACUUUAUACUGAAAGAUAUAUAGUUUUCUUUCUAUAAAAUAUAAAUACGGUUUAUUUUUUUAGCAAUAUGAUUAUGCCAAUCGCUUUUGUUAUAUAUUCUGGCUGCCAUAAAAUUGUAGAACAAUUUUGUCAAUUCAUGAAUGAUUACACAUAAACGAACAUUGAAAUGUUAAUUAACGAGUUUUAAAAGCAAUGAUGUAGUUUGGAUUUUAUUUUAAAAAAUUAUAUUCUGGACAUGUAAAUGUCGCUAUUAAUAGUAUUUUUUGGACAAUAUCCAUGGGAGUUAACAUUUUUAAGCUAAAAAUUCAUUGUUUACUAAUCUUGAAAAGAUUAAAUGCAAUUAUCAGAAGUAUUACGAAUUAAGUGAAAAUUUUUCAAACACAGCCAAUUUAAUUAAACUUUUUUUCAAAAAUGGUUUAUCCUUUAUGGUUUAAAUACUUAUUAUAUAGUAAUAAGGAUUAUUAUCUGUCUGGAUUUAUCAUUCUUAUUUAUUUCUAUACGUACUCAUAUCUUUUCAUAAUUAUUUUUACAAUUGUUAAUUUAUUUGUUAAUUAAGAACGUGCAAGUAUAACAUAUUUUGUGUUAAAAAUUCAUAAGACGACAUAAUGUGUGAAAACUUACAAAUGACUUAUUAAGCUAAUAUAAAUGUAAGAUAAAUUUUGUCAAUAUUUAUUAUCAUUGUUCAUUAUUUUUUUAAUAUGUUAACUCUCAAUUAUUCUUGAAAAAAGCACAUAUUAAUUAAAAGCAAUAUAUCUAAUCUAAAAAUUAUUCCUAACUGUUUAUAAGAAAUAAGAUAACAUAAAAUGUAAGAUAACAUAAGAAAGUAUACAAGGGUAUUAAUAUUGUUAUAAGAGCACGUGAACUUGUUAUAUUUGAAUUUUUUUAUUUAAUGAAAUAAGUUAUAGUCUUUGAAUUCCAAAUUAGUAUUCAUCGUUAAUAACUACUCAAUUGAUCAUUUCUUCAUAUUAAUUCAGUUUAUUAUUGCUAUUUCUUACUUUCAAACUCAAAUUUUUCAUUUUUAUACAUUUGUACACCAGAUAUAUUAUUAUUAAUUUAUUAAGGUCUAAAAUUUUAUUCUAUUAAGUUCUAAAAUUUUAUCUUUUAUUAAUAUUUUUAGAAAUUUUAAUUUCUCAAUUAAGUAAGUGAGAUACAAUUUGUGGGAACACUAUAAUUGUUUCAUUUUGGCUUUUACAAGAGUUUCAUUUUGGCUUUUACGAGAGUCUUUAGAAUAAAUAGAGCAAACAUAUAUAAAUCUUAGCCUAUCUUACUUGCAUUUUAUUUAUAUAUUACCGUAUUUAUUAUUGACUUUCUUUUUGAAAAAUUUACAUAUAAUGUAUACUUCUCAAAAUUGUAUGUUUAUUUCAUUUAUAAAAAGACAUUAAGAUAUAUGUGUAAAAUAAACACAUAAAGUUUUAUAUAUUUUGGUUUUUAUAUGGAUGAAUAUACAAAAAAGUAAUCAGAAAUAAACAAAAUUUGUCUAGUCAGAGACCACUAUUCUAUUGUCAACAACUAUGGUGUUGAAUAUACCAUAUCUUUAUGAACAUAAGACAUACUGCCAAGUAAAUAUAAAAAAAGAAACAUUUACCAUUAUUGUUGUUAAACGAAAAAACAAAUAAAAUUGUAUAAUGACGUUCUACGAAUAAUUAAAACAAAAAGAAAACAUUACUUAAGAUUAAGUAAAAGAAAAUUUAAUUAUGCUUCUGUGGUCAUCUGAUGAUUAAUUUAUAGCAUUUUUGUAUACCAUUAUUUCAAGAAAUUACAUUGCUGGUAUUAAAUAGUAUUAAAACUGACGAUACUAAGAAUUUUAAAAAUCAUUUAUGAAUAUGUAUGUAGGAUAUCAGGCACUUUGUACAAAAGUAAAUUUUUAUAUAAGUAUACAUAUUUAUAUUUUGUACAGUUUUAUUUGAAUGUAAUGAAAUGCUUUUUAUAUAUAUAUAUAUAUAUAAACUUCAUUAAAACGUGAAAUGAAUUUACAUGAUUUUUAUACAGUAAGCUCGAUCAUUUUUUCACCAAUAAUCUUUUUAAUUAAAGAAGUGA